AGUGUGGAGAGGGGGCUGAGCAGCACUCACACAAAUGAAAAACGGGGGACUGAGUGAAGACCACUCUGCAGCCCGCAAGCUCCUUGUUUUUCUUCUUUGCGCUGUUUGUUUGCGCUCGUACGACUCGGAUCAGCGCGUUAAAGUCGCGCGCGGCCAAAGGCGCUGCGGAGGUGGUGUUUUCAGACAGAGGGAAGGGGAGAUGUGAACUGAACACUGCUUUGGUGGAGCUUCGAGCACUGCGAUGGAAUGAGCUGAUCGAAAACUCUGACGAAGUUGUUGGGACUUUACUGCACGCUGCUUCACUCGGUCAUGUAUGGAUAACGGGAGGCCCGCGGUGCUUUUUGGGUCGAAUGGAGAAGGUUUGACUCGGGUGUCCCAUUCCCAGCCCCACCGGGCCCCGGAGCGAGCCGCUCUCAGGAACAAGCCGCGCGUUGCCUCUGCUGUGAGUGCGUAAUGGCAGAGUGUUCUCUGCGGACGCACGGCUCCUUUUGGCCACUCGGCUCUCUGCUCUUCUUAUUCUCGUGUUUAUUUGUGUUGACGCCGUGUUGUGGCCGCAGACUCAUCUGUUGGCAGGCCAUGAUGAACUGCCAGGCUGAGCCCGAGUGUAACUACGCCUACGAGCACUACACGCGCGCGUGCGGCCCGGUGCUGCUCGGGGAGAGGAGAAAGUGCCCGAGUCACUGCAUCUCGUCUUUGGUACAACUGAACCUGACGAAGAACGGCCCCGCGCUGGAGGACUGCAGCUGCGCGCGGGACGCUGCGUGUUUGAAGACGAAACAGGCGAUCGAGCCGUGUUUACCCAAGACCACGAGCACGGGCUGCACGGAGGCGCGGCGCCAGUGCCAGAGGGACCAGCAGUGCAGAUCCACCAUGGAGGACUAUCUAAGACACUGUAGUAAACUGUUCAGCGGCGCAGUUUGCACCAACGCCUGUCGCAACGUGAUCGCAAACAUGCGCAGGAUCCCCAUCGGUCAGCAGCUGGACACAUGUCUGUGCGACGGCACAGAGCGGACCAUCUGUGAGUUUGUCAAGGCCAGUAUGAAAACUCUGUGCUUUGACUCUCCGCCUGAGCGCGAGGAGAGCAGCGGGUGGAUCCGCAGGAUGGAUCCGGACUCUGAGGACGACGACGAUGAGCCUGACGUGGACUAUUAUCAGAAACCGGACAGUGGAGCGGCUCCCGCGGCUCCGCGCUGCGCCCUCGCUCUGCUGGCGUCCAUUUUAGUUGUGUUGGCCCUGGUCUAAUCCCCGGGGUCAUGACGUGCCCCCGCUUUUGUCCGGAUAAAGGGCCAUCUCCACCCGGGCCGCUCCGUGACCUGUGGAGUUAAAGCCCCUGGACUGAAGGACGCGCCUUUUGGACAGUGAAGGAUCCACAGCACGAGAUUUUCUAUGCAAUGACCCACUCUGUGACCCACUCUGUGACCCACUCUACGACCCACUCUACGACCCACUCUGUGACCCACUCUACGACCCACUCUGUGACCCACUCUACGAUCCACUCUACGACCCACUCUGUGACCCACUCUGUGACCCACUCUACGACCCACUCUACGACCCACUCUGUGACCCACUCUACGACCCACUCUGUGACCCACUCUACGAUCCACUCUACGACCCACUCUGUGACCCACUCUGUGACCCACUCUACGACCCACUCUGUGACCCACUCUGUGACCCACUCUACGACCCACUCUAUGACCCACUCUGUGACCCACUCUACGAUCCACUCUGUGACCCACUCUACGACCCACUCUGUGACCCACUCUACGAUCCACUCUACGACCCACUCUGUGACCCAUUCUACGACCCACUCUGUGACCCACUCUACGACCCACUCUGUGACCCAUUCUACGACCCACUCUAUGACCCACUCUAUGACCCACUCUAUGACCCACUCUGUGACCCACUCUAUGACCCACUCUGUGACCCACUCUACGACCCACUCUGUGACCCACUCUGUGACCCAUUCUACGACCCACUCUAUGACCCACUCUACGACCCACUCUGUGACCCACUCUAUGACCCACAGGGCCUCACUGCUUCACUUUGCUUAUGUGAUAAGCUUUUACUGUCUCUCACAGUGGGACUGAGAUGUCCACACACACAGAGUGUGUCUCAGAGGCAUGUGUCCAACCUGAGCAGACACACACACACACACAAACAAACACACACACUGAGCUCUGCCUCUUACAUUUACAUCAUGGACUGAUUUCUACCUGAUCAAUACCUGAUCAAUAAGUAUUUAAUGCUGGAACAGAUGAACUUGUAAAUACAGUAGAGUUUAAGGAGAAACAGUAAUUUAUUACCGUAAGAUCCAAAUGUGCAGCAUGUAAAUAGAAAAGAGAAUUCCAGCUUUAAAGGGAACUUAUUUUGUAUAUUCUCUUCAUGGAUUAUGUACAUUGUAUAUAUGUGUAUAGAGGGUAUAGAUUUGUCCAGAGAAUCUAUGUUUAGGCUAUGAGAUGAUUUAUUAAGUACAGCCUAGUGAAAGAAAUGUCUAAAUCCACUGUACUCGCGCCUUAAUGACACACUUUUAUAGAAGGCAUAAUGAAAACUUGAAGAUAUAUUGGGACUGUGAGUUCUGUCGGGUCUGUGCUCAGUGACAGACGCCUUGACCCCAACUAAAAGUCACAUAAUUUAUGAUGAGCGUCACCACGGUUACGCUCGUUAUGCUCAGAAAACAAAGCUAUGUUUUAUAUCAGAUUAUUUUAAUGACAAAGUGUGGAUGAUAUUUUGACACAAAAGCAUUGUAUGCUUUUUGUAAUGUGGAUUUCUAGUUACAAAUGUAACAAACACAUUUUGCCGUCAAGCAAUAAAAUAUGUUUAAAAUA